UCAUUUUAGGUUAGAGACAGCUUUCGUAACUGUCAACCUUUGUGACGGUAGUAUAUGGGACCGAAAUGCAUCCUCUUUACGUGAAGUAAAAUACUAAACUCUGGAAAUCAGAGCCAAUCUCUAUAUUAUUAUCAUCCCGCCUUUGUUAAGGAUGCUUAUUUAGUUCAUACUGCGUUUUUUUUUGUGUGUUAAACCAUUUGGAAUAAUAGUAAUAGUAUGAAGUAUAUUUUUAUGGUUAUUUUACCACCUGAAAUUCUCUUCCCGAAAAACACUAACAUAUGUGGGCUAAUUUUGUCUUAAAUUCUAACCUUAGAAAUGACUCAUAAUAAGCAAUUUCCAAUGCUUAUUGACCUUGUCUGUAUUCAGACAUUCUGUGUGACCUUCGCCUGGAUAUCACGUGCGUCACAAGGUUAUUCUAAGAUGCUCUGCAUCUAUACAUCACAAAGAGUUAUGAUGACUUUGCAGCCUAUCGUAAUUCCGGCUCAGUGCUUACAGCUAUGCUACCUAUUGUACGUAAACCACAUGAACUACCAAUCUCACCAGAGUCACGCAGUUUACUCGGUGAAUCAGCUGUUGUUCAAAGACCAUCUGAUCAAACUUAUAUGUCUUCAUCAACACUACUUCAACAGAAUACAUCAACCAAUUAUAGUCUAACUUCUAGUAGUGGACCAUUAGUCAACACAGCAGCUUAUUCUUGUGUUGCUGCCUUAGAGAGCACUUCUUCAGGACUUGCAACAGCAUCUAAUUUAGCUUCAAGUGUCGGUGGUCCAGCACCGGUUGAUGAAAUUACCGGGUUUGAAAGUGGCUAUCACAUGGAUAAAGAGUCGAAUAUAAUAGUUCUCAUUGGUGGAUCAUCCGUGUAUGCACUGGCUCUAUCUGGUAUGGAUGAAAUGUUCCGUUGGGCAGACAAUUUGGCUCGUAUCGUUGUCGGUAAGUACUGA